AUGCAUGCAGACAAGAAGUAUUCCAACCAUGGCUACCAGUGGAUUGGACCAAGACAAACGGGGAGCAUCUGGAACUUCAUCGCCUACUCAACUCAUCCUCAUCCCGGCCCUGCAGCCGUGGGUGUUGGUGGCACGGCACCUCCUGGCGGCGACGUCCUAGCGCUGAAAUCCUCCCUCGCCGUCGAGGAUCAUGAGACCAGCUUCCUGCGGUCACCCGACGGUACGUUCUCCUGUGGCUUCCACAGCAUCUACAGCGGCGCCUUCACCUUCUCCAUCUGGUACUCUGACACACCUGGCGAAACCGUCGUCUGGAGUGCCAACCGCGGCCGCCCCGUGCGCUCCAGGAGGUCAGCCGUCACCCUGCACAAGGACGGCAACAUGGUCCUCACCGACCACGAUGGCACCACCGUGUGGCAAACUGAGGGCGACCUCCCAAAUGUCGAGUAUGCUCAGCUUCUUGACACCGGGAACCUCGUCCUGAAGAACACAAGCGGCAACAUUGUUUGGCAGAGCUUCGAUUCACCAACAGACACCUUCCUACCCACCCAGCGAAUCCCUGCCACGGCGAAGUUAGUCUCUACCAGCCGGCUGCAUGUUCCUGGUCACUACACCUUCCGUUUUAGUGACCAAUCCAUGCUGUCUCUCUUCUACGAUGACACCAAUGUUUCUGACAUAUACUGGCCUGAUCCUGAUUACCAGUACUAUGAGAAUAACAGGAACCUCUAUAACAGUACUCGGAUGGGGAGCCUUGAUGAUUUCGGGGAAUUUUUUGCCAGUGAUUUCGCUUGGCACCGGCCUCUUGUUGCCUCUGAUAGAGGCUAUGGGAUUAAGAGAAGACUUACUCUUGAUUCUGAUGGUAAUCUUAGGAUAUACAGCUUGAGCAAUGGAUCAGAUUCAAACAGGAGAUGGACAGUUUCAUGGGUGGCUGUGUCUCAGCCAUGCAUGAUACAUGGCCUGUGUGGUCCAUAUGGGAUCUGCCACUACUCCCCUGCACCAACAUGUUCUUGCCCACCUGGUUAUGCAAUGAGGAAUCCUGGCAACUGGACACAGGGAUGCGAGCUUACCGUAGAUACCAUCGGAUGCGGGGAUAGUGAACGGAGUGCGACAUUUUUGCAGCUUCCAAACACUGAUUUUUGGGGAUCUGAUCAGCAGCGCAUCAACAAAGUGUCUUUGGAGCGUUGUAUGGACGUAUGCUUGAGUGAUUGCACGUGCAAGGGUUUUCAGUACCAACAAGGAAAUGGCACAUGCUAUCCAAAGAAUCUUCUUUUCAAUGGGAGGAGUUUCCCAACACCUACUGUGCGAACGAUGUACAUCAAGCUCCCCACAAGUUUCAAUGUUUCAAAUACCUCAAUUCCACAGUCCAAUGUGCUCAACACUGAAAUACAUCGUCUCGAAUGUGAUCAUGUGAGCAAAACAAUCAUAGAACCAGUGCCAGACAUGGUUCGUGAAGAUGGCGGUGAUGAUUCAAAAUGGCUCUAUCUGUAUGGGUUCAUUGCUGCAUUUUUUGUCAUUGAGGUUUUCUUCUUCGCGUUUGCAUGGUUCUUCGUUCUACGGAGAGAGUUUAGGUCAUCGCAAUUAUGGGCAGCUGAGGAAGGCUACAAGGUGAUGACUAGUCAUUUCCGGAUGUAUAGUUACAGAGAGCUGGCCAAGGCGACUGAAAAGUUCAAACAUGAGCUUGGAUGGGGAGGUUCAGGUAUUGCCUACAAGGGAACCUUGGAUGAUGAGCGAGAGGUGGUCAUAAAAAGGCUGGAAAAUGUAACAAGGAACAGGGCAGAGUUCCAGGAUGAGUUGCAUGUCAUUGCAAGGAUUAACCAUAUGAAUCUGGCAAGAAUAUGGGGGGUUUGCUCAGAGAGAUCCCAUAGAAUGUUGGUCUUGGAGUAUUUUGAGAACGGCUCAUUAGCUAACAUACUAUUCAGCAACAAAAUCUUGCUGCAGUGGGGUCAGAGGUUCAACAUUGCUUUAGGUGUUGCAAAGGGGCUGGCCUAUCUUCACCAUGAGUGCCUAGAGUGGGUCAUCCACUGCAACCUGAAGCCGGAGAACAUUCUGCUGGAUCAAGAUCUAGAGCCUAAGAUCACCGACUUUGGGUUCGCAAAGCUGCUCAGCAGAACGGGGCCUAAUCAGAAUGUGUCUCGGGCGCGAGGAACCUUGGGCUACAUGGCUCCGGAGUGGGUCACUGGUUUACCGAUCACAGCGAAGGUUGACGUGUACAGCUAUGGGAUCGUGCUUCUUGAACUAGUGUCAGGAACAAGAAUUCUCGACUUUGUUGUUGAUUUGGAGGAGGAUGUCCAUGUGGUGCUCAAGAAGUUCAUUAAGAUGCUUUCUUACAGGUUGGAAGGGGAUGAACUGUUGUGGUUAACAGAGUUUGUAGAUGUCAGACUGGACGGCAAUUUCAACUACCUGCAAGCGAAAGAGUUGAUCAGGAUAGCCGUUUCAUGCCUGGAGGAGGACAGGAAGAACAGGCCAACAAUGGAAUCAAUAGUUGAGAGCCUCCUCUCAGUUGAAGAAGCUUCAGUUUGA